UCAACACAACAACAGCAGUUGAGCACGCUCGGAAAUAAUGGCUGCGUUUUUAGAGGCGGCCUGGAAAUUGUUGACGGCAUUUAAACAGUAUAUUUACGCUGCAACUGCACAAGUCAUUCAAACUUUUCACACACUUUUCAACUGACUUUUAAACAAAUAGUUUGCUUAUCAACGGAAAAUGGCUAAAUUCAACAUUUGUCGACGACUCUUCAUCGUCCAGUUAAUUUGCAUGACAAUUUUUCUUGUAGAAGUCAAAGGAUUUAAUUUAAAAGGCAUGUAUAAAAAGUGCCUUACAGUCAGCAGAAGCAUAGCCAGGAUACCAUCGAAGCUGGCAGAUGGCGGACAGUACGCAACGCAUAAACUGGCCGGUUCAGUGGGAAAUGUCGUCAAGCCAAUACGGCCAUUGAAGCAUAUCGUGGACGCGACCGGCGGAGCUAUGUCAAAUGUGAUGGGAUCCACCAGCCGACUGCUGGGCAAGUCAAUGGAUACACCGCACGAUGUAAUCUUCCUGUACAGCCGACCACUCGAGCAUCUGGGCACAUCAAGGACGUACCAGGAAGCAGUUCGAGCAGUCAUCGCAUACGCACUGACCAAUGUAAUGUUAUACAAUGAAGAAAUGAAUGAAGCGGCCGAAACGCCAGUAGACCUAAACACCAUGCCCGUACUUAAGACUGUGGUAAACAAACUCGAGAAAGCCGGCGCGACCGAGGAUGAUAUCGCAGACAUCGUCAGUGUGUUGGGACGAAACGGUAAACAGGACAUUCCCAUCGAGAUUCAACCACAGGUUCUUGGCAUUCUAAAAGAUCGAAAGGGGAAUUUUAAAAAUGAUGGGCCCAUGACGGAAUUACGUUGGAUUGCAGAGCACCCCAAUGGAUUCUAUAAGAUGGAUGACAAAGAAAGGACUGAUUACAAGUUAAAGACGGAAAAAAAGUAUACGAAGUGUACAGUUUUACACCCAUCACUUUCAAAUACAAUAAAUAAAUAAUUUAACGCGUUCUCUCAGACUUUCUAAUCCUAAUCGAUGGAAAUUAAAUUAAUAAAUUAUUUAUUCAUGAAAUAAAUCUAGAUUUUGGUGAGUUUUA